AUGGCCACUAAAUGCGGCCAGCGAGAUGUUUCUUCUUGCAAUCUAAACGAAGAAGGAAGGGUGGUCUACAGAAAUGGAUCGAUCAUUACCAACAGUGGGGGAAGGUGCGUCGCACCAGAUACAUGCGCAAACUGUAAUGAAGGCUUCUAUCCGAACACUGAUGUCGGCAAAUGUAAAGCAUGUUCAACUAUACCUUUCUGCAAUAUACAUCGAUGUUCAAAUACACAUGAUGCCACGUGUGAGUUCUGCCAAAAUGAGUUCAACAGGGACUUAUUAGGAUGGAAUGAAUACACAGCACAACCGGACCUAAAACAAUGUACACGUACUUGCUCUUGGGUGAGGGGAUACAGAUGUUACCCAGGCGUUUGCAAUGACACCUAUUAUCGCUUUUAUGACGCGAUUGGAAAGACAAACUGCAUAUGCGCCAAAGGCUUUGGCGGCAUUGACUGUGCUACAUCAACAAAAGAGUACCCGAUGGAUUUGCUAGAAUAUGAUUUGGAAUUACGAGAAUGUGAACAUGAGAUAUGCGAUACCAUCAUUGUAAACGCUGUCAAAAAUUGGUCGAAUGAAAAGGGACGAAUGUCAAUACAGAUCAAAGUGUUAGCCAUAGAUUCUUUAGAACUUCCAAGUGCCCCAAACUAUAUUGUGGAGGAGGCCACCAAUCUCGGAUUGCAUAGUAUGCAUGUCGUGGUCUCAGUUUUUCGAGGACAAGAAAGUGCAUCAUGGGUAACCAAAGAAGACUGCAGACUCAAUAGAUCUUGCAGUAUAAAGAAAUCUAAACCUAUAUCCGAAACUGGUCUUUCGUUGAUAGACAAUGGUUUUCUGCACGGUGACAGAAUAGUUUUAAACGUCCUUAUACGAAAUGGUGGUAUAAUAUACUACCAACAAAUUGACGGCCGCACAUAUAAUCCUAUGAAUGGAAGUUACUACGUCAAUGGUAUAGAGAAGAGCUAUAAAAAGGAACUUGAAUUUGAUAUGGCUGAUCCAAGUCAUUGUAAAGAGAGAAACUCUUCUUGUAUCAUCUCGCCUUUAUGGACAUCGGCAGACUUUUUACCAGAGCGGUCUGCAGAAAUAACCUUAGAACAACCAGGUCCAUAUGCAGUUGAAUUAACAGCCUUUGACCAUGCUGGAAAUCACAAAACGGCACGGAAACUAUUUUUCUUUGAUGGUAACUCUGACGUGUCUUUAAAUCAAAGCAGUUUGACAAGAGUAUUAAGCGCAAACAAGGGCGGCUGGAUUAAUAAAGAUCAGGAAUAUAUAGUCGUUGACUGGGCAUACCGAUUUAGUAAUAAUCGCCAUCACAAACUCUGCUGGCUUUGUCGAUUUGAUCAUAUGUCCACCGUCAUUCCAUUCGAAUUAGAUGACACUGCUGGUGUGUCAGAGAGGACAUGGGAAAGAAUUCCAAAUAUACAAGGAAUUGUGCGGUUUGAACUAGCCUACCUUGAGACCUACGAUGGAAAAACCACUAAAGUACCAUCAACGGCAGUUACACAAUUCGAAUUCAACCAACAACAAAUUGAAAUUGAUAAUAUAGCACUACUUGAUGGUAAAAAAGUACAAUUUACGUUACGCGGCUACGACGUAAUGGACGCAUAUGCUGAAGAUAAUGCUACCGUCUGGAUCGACACCUCACCUCCAGUAAUUGAAAACCUUUGGCUUUCAAGAGGGGAUAUCAUAAAUAUUAGUGUGCAUAACGUAGCAGAGCUUGCUAAUAUGACGAUCGAGUGGAAAGCUUUCGACGUGCACAGCGGUUUAUACGAAAUAUCUUGGCGAUUAUUUGAUAACUUUAGUAGAACAGACGUUGUACAUGGUCAUUCAUACGAAUCUCCACAACAUGGGUCAAGUAUACUAGAGGAAUGUGAAAGAUUUUAUACAGACUAUGCCAGAGGUCCAAGCUGUUACUGUUCUCCAUACCACGGCUGCUUCCAUCAGCAUUUCCAAGUGAUUCCAACAGUAAUAGAUCUAAAAACAGCCGGAGGUCCCACACAACAUCUAGGCGGAAUUGAUGGCGAUAAAUCGGAGGGCGUGCAUGAAAGGGAAUACUACAUUGAAGUUACUGCGGCAAAUAAUGCCGGUUUGUCUACUCUCCGGACCCACAAGAUGAACGGUCCGUUAUGUUUUAAACGGAUUACUAUCGACGUCUCGCCUCCCAACACGGGACAUGUACAUGAUGGUGUUGCAGGCCAACCCGAGGUAGACUUUCAACAAUCGCUCACAUUAAGUGCACACUGGGAUGACUUUCUUGACAAAGAGAGUGGUAUAAAGUUUUAUCUGUACAGUUUUAAGACGAGAUGUUUGUCAGCUGAUGAAAUGUAUUUCGACAAAUAUAACACAGAGUUUCAGAUUGUCAAAACAUAUGAAACGACUGCACGCACUACAGUUCAAUCUCCUGGGCGAUAUUAUACGACCGUUGUUGCCUACAACCAUGCCUUGGAUCCGAGUGUUCCAGUGUGUUCUGAUGGAGUGGUUAUCGACAGCACUCCUACAUUGAUAUCUGAAGUUGUCAUUCACGGUGGCAUUGUUACUCCAAGAAUUGUCAGAGAUAUUGAAACAGAUGAAGAAUUUGUUCUUAACAGAAACAGGGAGAUUCAGGCGGUUCGCAAUCCGACAAAUAUUUGCCGGCAAAGGUCUUUCGAUGUUCCGUCUAUGGACAUACAGCUGAUUCCAAAGCUUAGGAACGUAAAUGGAUCGUACAGCUCAGUUGACUCAACAGUUUGUGAAAGUAUCAGAAGUGUUUCAAACAAUAUUGUAACGUUUCUUCGCUACGAUUCUCAUCUGGAAAUGUCUUGGAAUUACACUGAAAGCCCAAGUGGUGUUAACAGUUUUGAAAUUGGACUUUCUUCUGACAAUACAGAAAAUCCCAAUAUUAUGAGUUUUCAGAGUUCAAUGCACCACAGUUUUAUGCGGUUAAUUCAUCCCGGUAUUUGGGAUGGACAGGAGUUCUUUAUACUUCUAAAAGUAACGUCAAAAGCAGGGAUUCGUAACACAAAGGUAAUUGGGCCUGUCAUGGUUGUGAAAUCUAAACCAGAAUUUAAAGGCUUCAUACACAUUAACACUGAAGGGAAUUUCAUGAUUGCAAGUUGGGGAUCCGAUGACUUUGUUGAUUACGGGGAAUCGGGAGACUUAAGGUUCGAGAUUGCAGUGGGAUCAGCAAGGUUUACAUCAAAUGUCGUACCGUUUUCUGCACAACGUAGUGGCGGGAGUUGUAACAUUAAUGAUACAACAAGUUGUACUGCUGUCGAUAUGCGUAGUCUGAAAUGGGCCUUACACGAAAAUACAGACUAUUAUGUGACAGUGAAAGCUACUGACCCACUUGGAUUGUUUGUCGUUGCAUCUUCAGAAAGAUAUACUCGUUACUACGAACUGCCAUCGUCUGGAGUAGUUUACGACAUCGACAUUGACGACAAUCGUCCAUUUGUUGACAUUGAUGACAUUGACUUUCAAAGCAAAACUAGUGAACUUGCUGUAAGAUGGAAUGGCUUUUAUCAUCAUCACUCUAAUAUCCUAUUCAAAAUAUGUGUACAAGACCAAAAUGGCAUAAACAUUGUUUGUGAAACAGCUUCUUCUGAUGAUCAUCACACAUUUUAUGGACUCUGUCUGCGGAGUUAUGAGAGAUAUUACCAAGAGGUUACCGCAAUGAGCGCUUCGGGUAAUGUUACCGCGUUAUCCGAUGGAGUAGUUGUGGUUAUUCCUGAAGAUGAGCAUCCCUUUGAGGUAUUUGAUGGCAAUCGAUGCAACUGCACAGUUACGAAAGAUUUCUACACAGUAUCUCACUACACACAGUUCGACAUAUUUAAUUGUACAGAAGAUAUCGACUACCAGUAUCAGACAUCUUCGCUUAAUGCUUACUGGUGGUUACCCGAAGACAAGAGGGACUAUAUGCAGACCAUACUUUGGAGAAUAGAAAAGAGGGCUCUUGUAGUGGAUAUGUGGACGCCUUUGUCAGUAUAUCAGACUUUACGGAACCGGGAUGUUUUACAUGUUACUGGGCUGUAUCUUAUUCCUGGACGGAAGUAUCGUAUAUCUGUGAAGGCCUGUGCACAGCAAUUCUGCUUCAAAUCCAUGUCUAGUGAUGGUGUCUUCAUUAUUCCAAAUCCGCCUAUAACUGGUUCAUUUUCUGUAAAUUACGAUAUGGGAGAAAACACGAUAGCGGUUACCAUGGAUAGAUUUAAGGACAGUGACCUAGAAGAUGUGGGUGAAGCUCUGUCUGUCAUAAUGCGGUAUGAAUACGCCUUUGCCGAUGGAGAAAAUGACUCUAAAUUGCUCUACAAAUGGGACGUCAUAAACAUAACAUCGGAAACUGAGACAAAGCUAUCGUUUGAUAUUACUCUGGAUCAAAAAAUAAGAUUUGCAAAAUGUUGGAAACUAACAAUAAAAGGAAUUACAAAGGCGGGAACAUAUACUAUUAUAUCAUCCGAAAUACGGAACUGUUCCAAUUUGCAAGAGGUUAAGCCAAGCAUUGUCAUUGAUGCAGUUGGUAAAACCAUUGGAACACAAGAUGGACACGAUAUUGGUGGCGAAACUUUCUUAGAGCAAAAUCAUGAUUGGAGUGAAAAGGACAAAGACUACACUUCUUUUACAAAUAUUAUCUCAGCCGUCUGGCCGAAAUUAAGAUAUAAAUAUUAUAACUGGGCAGUUUUAUCAAUUGGAAACGAGGAUCCUACAAUUUUUUACGACUCAAAUGACCAUAUUGACCUCCGUUAUCCAUGCACGCAUCCAGAAACGAAAGCUUGUGGUGAAACAGAAGAAGAAUAUAUGAAUGCAAAAUUUGAUACCGGAGUCUUAAAACAUGGCAAAAGAUACAUAGUGUGCAUCCAUGCCAAUGAGACCUACAUAUAUCAUGAGAAGUGGACACAACAUCUUGGUGAGUUCAUGGAGUGCAGUGACGGUGUAACAGUAGAUAUAACCCCACCCAUUUCUGGGAAGGUCUGGAUUGGCCAGGACAAGAGUAUUUUUUAUCAGACGUCAACAUCCGAUAUACUUGUGAUGUGGGAUUCAUUCUCUGACAUAGAGGAACAUCAAUACAAUGUUCACGAAAGUGGAAUUGCGUACUACGCAAUAUGCUUAGGUACAUCACCAGGAGGUAACGAUGUUAUUAAUUUUGUCAAUGUUGGAUUGGUGAACCAUAAAGUGUUCCAUAACCUUUUACUCCAAAACGGAUUGUCCUACUAUGCUACAGUGAAAGGAUACGACCACGUUGGACUGUCAACAAGUGAGAUAUCACAUUCUGUUCUUGUUGACUCUACAACCCCAACAGUUACUGGGAAGUCUAUCCAGAUACCAAACAGGCAUCUCAUAAAUGCAUCGUCGAUAUCUGCUUGCUGGACAAACGUGUUUGAAGACAAAGAGAGUGGAAUCAACAGAUACGAAUGGUCUGUUGGUACAAACCAUGGGUACGAAGAUGUUCUCGAGUAUACAACAGUUCACGGAGAUUGUGCCGAGUCUGAGCUGCAUCCAUCACGGACAUUGACAGAUGGUCACUCGUACUUUGUAACAGUAAAGGCCUAUAACAACGCCGGACUUUUUUCCACGGAUACAUCAUGGGCUUUUGUGGUUGAUACAACACCACCCGACUCUGGUUUAGUUUACGACGGUCCAAAUGACGGCACAUAUACGGAUAAAGAUUACAUGACAUCAUCUAAUAUUGUUCAGGCUUACUGGACUCAUUUUGUUGAUGCACACACUCCCGUUCGUGAAUACUUUGUAAGCGUUGGAACGUGUAAGGAAUGUGACGAUGUCCUGACGGAACAAUCUGUCGGAAUUACAACAGAAAUUGAGGUUGCUGGUUUGGUGCUUAUGGAAGGCCGUGUUUAUUACACAACCGUAAAGGCAUGCAACACAGCUAUGCUUUGUUCUAGAGCGACUUCUGACGGUUUUCUAAUUGACAAAUCACAACCAACUAGAGGAACAGUUAUUGAUGGCCUCAGAGGAAGCGAUAUUGAAUAUCAGGCCUCAAGAACUCAUGUUGGCUGUAAAUGGUUUGGGUUUUCGGAUCCUCAGUCUGGAUUGAGUCACUACGUUUGGAGACUCGGGACAUUGAAAGGUGGAGACGAUAUAGUAUCGGCGACAAAUGUACACAACCAUGAAAUCGCGUACAUUAUUGAUGUUCAAUCUCACUCUGGGUCUCUGCUCCCUGUUGGAAGACCGAUUUAUUGCACUGUUCGAGCAUAUAAUAAAGCGGGAUUCUACUCUGAAAUAUCUUCCAACGGAUUUGUUGUUGACACGAGCCCACCGGCGAUUUCUAAAGAGUUAACGUUGUCUCCGUUUGGGAGGAGUAGUAGCUAUGACAGAACAACACUAUUAAGGUCGUCUUUAAAAGUCCAUUGGGAUACCUCAGAUUCAGAUUCAGGAAUUUCCGCCCAGUAUUUAUCUGUAUCAUCGCACAUGGGAGGCGAAUUCAAUAUAUCAACUAUAAAGAUUGAUGCUGUCGCAACCGAUUAUACUUUGUUGAAAUUGGACCUCCAUGACGGAAGCUACUACGACAUAAAGCUGACUGUAUGCAACGGUGCCAAACUGUGCACACACUCUUUGUAUGAAAAUCUAUUGGUCGACAGCACUCCUCCAACCAUGGGUACCUUUGCUAUAAACACAGACCAUGCAUCUGAGUUAGGAAGGCAGCCUGAAAACUGGAUGAAAUGGAAUCCAAUUAUGUUGAAUAUAUCUUGGUUGGGGUUCGAGGAUAUUCAUAGUGGGAUUGACACGUAUAUAAUAAACGUUGGAACAAGAUAUAUGGCGAAUGAUCUAAACAAGAAUAGCGAAAAUUUCAUAAAGGUAAAACAUGUCAAUAUUGGAUUUGAGCAUCAGGAAGGAUUCGUUCAAACCCACUCAGUACGAACAAAAUCCCUUUCUAACAGAAAGAGCGUGUAUGUCAGCGUGUAUGCGAUAAACGCGGUAGGACUACACAGCCCAAUAUUACACGCUCAGUUUAAUCUUUUAUUCGGAGGAAUAUUAUCUAUGGUAAGGCGUUGUGAAGCCGAAACCUGUCUCGGACAUUGUGUGUGCGCUCCUGUACCGGAAAAAUGCCACUUCAACAGCAAGUGUGUAUCUGGCAGUAACGAGAACGUUAAUGCUGUGUUGAUAAGAGAUCAUCUCGACAUAGAUUUUAAUGAGGAUCAAGAAGAAGUCCAAUAUUCACCAUUUGAUUCAUUCUUAGCCGCCAAAUGGACUGUGGUUGACACUGGAAAAUUAAACCCACUAUGGUUCGAAUGGAGUAUUGGCGAAUUAAAUUAUGAAACUCCUAAAGGUGUAUUUAAUGAAACCGACGACAGAGUUUGGCACGACGCAGGUUCGCAUAUGUCAUGGAUGUAUGUGCUACCACGAGGUCGUUUUCUCCAAAGAAAUACCGCAUAUUCGUUCUUCGUAAGAGCUUGGUAUGACGACAGGACAUUUGUUACAUUUAAAAGCAACGGCGUAACAAUUUUAUCAAAACCUCCACACACGACAAACAUUCGAGGUGUCAGUGUUAAAGAAGUUUUGUUCGGCAGUCUCAAAGAUGUUGAUUAUAUUUCUUAUUCGAAUCAUGUUAUGGUAGACUGGACUGGAAAAUUCCUUGGUGACUCUAUAAAGAAGUUUUACCUUUAUCUGAGUACACACCCUAACGGAAAAAAUAUGCAUGUAAUAUCCACAAAUAUCAAUGCGUCGGUGACGAAAUACGAUAUUUCUGGAGCAAAGUAUAAAGAAAAUACGAGAUAUUUCUCCGUUGUGCAAGCGUUCAACCAUGCUGGACUUCACACUACUCUCAGUUCUGAUGGUUUUAUGCUGGAUACUGAAAAACCGGAAGGUGGCACGGUGAACGACGGCAUCGUUUUACAUGAUGUCCAGUUUCUAAAUUCAUCGAACCAGCUUCCCUCGUUUUGGUAUGGAUUUAGUGACGCUAUCUCUGGAAUUGACCAUUAUGAACACUGUGUCUCGUCCCUGAAAUACAAGGGGCGAUGUGACAUACAGCCAUUUAUCAAUGUUGGGUUAUGGACCUAUGUUGAGAGAAAAUCGCACGAGGAAUUUAUCCAAGGAGCAGUAUUGUUCAGUGAGGUUCGUGCUUACGAUAUGGCGGGACAUACAUCAGAUUUUGUAGCGUCUGAUGGCAUUCUUAUCGAUAGAACGCCACCUUUUCGUGUUACUUAUGUUUUGUCCGACGAAAAUCUUGUACGUAAUGGAUCAUUCGAAUAUGCUGCAAACAGCUCCCUUCAAUGCGAAGAUUUACCUAAUUCAUUUUGGAAAGGACAUAACUCGUGUCUUAAAGCUAUAAAAGCCCACAACCUGCCAAAUGGGAAUUCUUACUUGCUUCUUCAGGGAAGUGUCUCUCAAGAAAUAUUUGUUGAACAUUCCGGGAAAUUUAAGUUACAAUUUUACACAUCAAACAUGCCAACGAAAUUAGCGCAGAUGUCAGUUCAAGAUGGUUUUAUCGUUGUAAACGAAACCAAACAUGUAUUUGUGAUGCAUAAAAAGACAUCGUCAACAGAAACAGGAACUUGGCAAGAACAUCACUUUCUUUUAAACCUUCCGAUAGGAAAAACAAAAGUUACGUUUGGAGCUGAAAAUAAAGGCAGCUUUGGUAUAGACGAUAUUAGUAUUCGUUAUUAUUCCAGUAAAGCGUACCUGGAAAACAGCACCGAUGUUAAACACCUGCAAGCUGUAACUAUUCAUGCUCACGACUGGUCAUCUAUUUAUUCAGAGUGGCACUUCGAAGAUCCGGAAAGCGGAAUUGUAGAAUACUUCUGGGCUAUUGGUACUGUUCGGGGAGGUACACAGCUACAAGAAUACACCAGUGUUGGUAGAAAUGAAUUUGCAUCUAGCAAUACAAUCCAGUUACAACACAACACAGUGGUGUUUGUCAGCGUAAUAGCAGUGAACGGAGCAGGGUUAAGGACGGUGAGCCAUUCCGAGCAGAUUUAUAUAGAUUUGACACCACCGGAGUUUGAAUACGUUUACGAUGGUGAUAGUCAAGAUUUCGAUAUCCAAUUUCAAACGUCACUCAACGUCAGCGUGGCCUGGUCAGUGAAAGAUCAAGAAUCGGGAAUACAGGAAUGCUUAUGGGCAAUAGGCUUGUCACCAAUGGAUACAACGCUUCAAGAGUAUACACAGAUUGCCAUAGCAGAAAAUGUUGCCAGUACCGUUCUUAGUUCAACACCGUAUGAUCGCUUAUAUUCGACCGUGAGAUGCACGAAUGCAGCUGGCCGUACGGCUUCUAUUUCUACAGAUGGGCUGAGAGUUUUAAACAUGUCAUUGGCAACAAAUGACGUAUACAUCUCCUUAAUGGCAAUAUCCGAGACACAAUAUCCAGCUAUUGGAAAGUACCAUGGCAACAGGACUAAAAUCAAGUUUCAGUGGGCGGGUUUCAGACAUGAUGAAGGAAUAAACAACUGUUUGAUAUCCCUUGUUGGUGUUGACACCUCGUUCUCCGAAACAGUCGUCGGUAGUACGUCUGAUGUUAACUUUGCUAGUUUUACCGGAUUGAAUCUUGAGGAUGGCCAGUAUGAAGUAACAGUACAGGCCGUUAACGAAAUUCACAUGUAUAGUGAAAAGAAAACCAUUGGCUUCUAUCUUCUUACAUCUAAACCAGCUAACACUGGAGGAUCGGUCGUAACGGCAUGGGAUGCAAAAACUCUGAAAGCAAAAGCAGACUGGUCAAACGUAUUCGAUUCUACCCAUCCGCUGUACUAUGAGGUGACCUUGCGUCAAGAGAAUGGCGAAGGAGAUUUGAUACAGUGGCAGGAGACAACGAAUACUGAGAUAGAAAUUACGCUUAAAAUGGAAGAUAUUUCUUUGUCGGGCAGCAUGCUGAAAUUCAGUAUUAGGGCGAUAAAUCAUGCUGGAUAUUUUGACACCUUUUACGCUGACCUUUACGCUAUUGUGUGAUAAUUUGUUUAUGUGAUACACUAUUUGAAUUUUGACAACAUAAUUAAAUUCAUGUACUUUGUUUGAUUUUAAGACUAACUGCACAUGCGCGCAGGUAGUCUUAAGACCGCAAACUCCAAAGAACUACUUCUUUUCAUGUCGUUUAAACCCAUUUUUUGUCUCAAUGCGCUCUAUAUUUAGCAGAUUGACGUUGAAAACAUAAACAAUAGUUUAGUUGUAUUGCGGUCCGAGUAUGAGUGCAUGCUUGUUCGGCUAUUUCCGCACUAUAUUUCUGUAUCCCGGCGUUGUAUUCGUAGCAGAAUAUAACUAUUUUAAGAUCGCUAUAUUCAUCAGAUUAAUGUGGGUCAAAAUAAUUGGAGGCUCUGGUAGGAAGGUAACAUAAUGAUAUCCACUCUGAGUUUAGCCUGAGUUUAGCCCAAGAUGUUCCAGAAAUUAUUACCGACCGCAAGUGUACCAUCGCCUGUAGGGUUUGCUAUUAUAACCUGACGUGAUCUUGAAGCACGCUUAUUUGUAAUGACAUAUUUUUUAUCUUACUUUUAGGAGAUAAGAAACAAAAAUGAUUGUCUGAAUGUCAAAAUAGUUGUAUCUCAGGUUUUGCUAAAUCUUCAAAUACUAUUAUUUGCCUGCUAUACAAUAACAAAAUAC